AUGGCUGCAACUCCUGAUGCACUAAUGGAUGCAAACGAGGAACAAGCCGAUGCAGUAGAUGUCAUUGACGUCAACACCAGCUAUAACAGGACAGUUGCUCUUGAACCGUCCAACACCUCUUCUUCAGAACAGGUUGCUGAUAAACUGUCGGCUAUGGAGCCGAUGCAUAAUAUUGAUAGCCGCAUGUCUGAUACAGCUGAGCCGGUGUUUGAUGCUGAACGAUUGGCUGUUGUGGAUGUUGAACUGUUAACCAUGUUUGCUGACAGGCCAUCGACUACGGAGCCGAUGCAUAAUAUUGAUAACCGUCAGUCUGAGCCGAUGUUUGAUGCUGAUAAAUCAUCGGCUGUGAGACUUCCCCACGACACUGAAAUGGUUGAUGAUGAUUAUGACAACGAAGACGCUGACUAUGAACUAGAAGAAGAGGAAAAAGAUGAAGACAAAGAGGGAGAUGAUGAGGAUGAGGUAGAAGAAGAAGAAGAUGAUGAAGGAUUUCAGAUGGUUGAUGUUGACAUGGGCUCAUUUUCUGAACCAGGGCGAAAGUUUCUGGCCAAAGUAUGA